UUCACAAUGGCGUCUCAAAAUUCAAUUUUGACAUUUACUGGAUUGUUCAUUUCUAUCAACUGUUCCCGUAAUGUCUUUGCCAAGAUGACUGAAGAUACGGAUGGUAACUUAGAUCUGAAAUAUGCAAUUCAGAAAAUUGAAGAACUACAGAAAAUUGUGCUUGCGCAGGACAAACGAAUAUCAAUGUUAGAGAGACGACCCGAAGAGUCAGGAGUGCGAACAGAAAUCGAUUUCCGAAAGAUCGUGAAAAAACAGAACGAUCGAAUUGCUCAGUUGGAGGCAAGGAUCCAAGAGUUAGAGAGUGCUAAAAAAGUUGAAGAAUAUGCUCCGAUUGAAACCAAAGAAUACGAAAAAUAUUCCGAUUCCAAAGGUUAUCCCAUUCGGUCUUAUAGAAACAUAGACAGGGAAGAACGAUUGCUGAGUAUCCAACCAACAACAGCGCCUUUGGACAGCGUGGCUUUUUACGCGUAUUUAUCCUCCAGUAUACCUGCUUCAGUUGCCCAUCGAAUCAUUGCCUUUGAUACAGUUAUUACAAAUGUCGGCAACGCCUACCAUCCUCAUAUGGGCACAUUUAUCGCACCAAAGUCAGGUCUAUAUGUGUUUACCUGGACAAUAAGGUUGUACGGUCCAUCAUAUCAUACAACUGAACUUGUUGUUAACAAUAACAUCGUUAACGCGUUGUAUUUCAAUCCUGCAAGUCUUAUAGAUGGGAGUGUUAGUAGCACUGCUGUUGUAAAUGUCAAUCAAGGCGAUGACGUACUGAUAAGAACCAGUUCAGAUUAUCACAAUGGUGAGAUCAAGAGCUUCCCAAAUGGAAGGUCAUCGUUUGCCGGUUGGAUACUUAUGUAGAAAAAUAUGGUUUAUGUAAUAAAUACAUGUAUCUCGUC